AUGUCUGACACCGCCACCGAAGCCAGUGUGCCGGCCAGCUCUGUCGCAGUCCUCAAGCCACACCCAGACACCCACGGACAAGUGGUGAAGCUUUCCGCGAUUGAUCAGAUUGCGCCUAGAGACUACAUGUCGAUAUGCCUAUUUUUCCGACUGGGUCCAGAUGUGGAUAAGAGAGAAAUCUUCCUUGCCUUCCAGGAAGCCCUCUUAAACAUCGUGAAUGACAUACCGGAGCUUGCAUGCUGCGUGCAGAAACACACCCAUAACACCCGUGAAGAAGUGGAGCUCAUAUUCGACUCCAACAAGGGUGUUGAAAUCCAUUACAAAGAUUAUACCUCACCGGAGCAUUGUGAUCUGUGGAACUUUGGCUCGUUCGACCAACUUGAGCAGGAACACUUUCCUCUUAGCAAGAUGCCAAGGCAUAUUGUUUUCGGAACGUCCGCCAAGCUAGCGGACGGCCAUGUGGCUGGUGAUGGCCAAUGUAACUUCAUGUUAUUUUCUGCCAUAGGCGCUCACUUUUCCGCUGUGAUCGAUGGGCUAGACAGCAAACCUACCUCGCAAAUCCAUCUUCUAGAGAGAAGUGGUGUCGUUGAGGGUGAUAAGAGUGUAAAGCUCCAGGAAUUCCCUCACUGGAAGCUUGCGGAAGCCACUGCCGAAUUCCUCAAUCCAACGGCGUACACAGCCAGUGAGAUUCCCACAUUCCAAUAUGCUACGUUCUUCAUCUCAGCCGAAAAGCUCGCCUUGCUCAAACGCCGCAUCUCGAACAACGUUCCCGAAACCAAGCUCGGCACAGUCGAAACAUUGGGUGCCUUUAUCUGGCGUCACGUAAUCGUGGCCAGAAAUAUCGAUCCGCAGACGUAUCCCGAGGCAAAGCUUUCUAUCACCAUCGAUGUCAGGGGCCGGACGAAAACCCCCAACGUCCCAUCCAACUAUUGGGGGAACUUCGCGGAACCAAACGCAGUGGCCAGGCUACCCGUUGCACGUCUUCAGGAAGGCGCAUCGUCACCAACAUCGAACCAUCUCACGAACACCAUCUACCCCGAGGCGGCGCGCUGCAUCAGAAAAGCCAUAGUUGCGGUGGAUGAUAAGGCAGUCAGGCGUCUUGUCGGUCUCCUUAAUCAGAUGCCCAAAAGCACGACAUUAACGUGGAACGUCAACCGCUACCCUGGCCCAGACAUGCUUCUUGUCUGUAUCCAGGGUCAUGCGUACAAUGACAUCUACUUCGGCAAUGAGCUUGGUUUUCCCGCGGCAUUACGAGUCACUGUCGGUGAUACUGAGAGGAAACCUGAUGGCCGUUGUGUGAUUCUGCCACCCCGCCGUGGCGACGGUAAAGGUCUUGAGAUCGGGCUGCAGUAUGAUAAUAGCACACUAGAAAGGCUUGAGAAUAAUACCGAGUUCGGGGAGUUUUUCGUACGGAGAAACUAA